AUGUCGACGUCCGCGUUGGUCGCUAAAUCUGAUCUCCUAAAACAACUGCCCUCAUGCUCCUACUCUAUCCCACCGGCCGACCUGGACGUCUUCUCAUGGUCAAGAAUAUUCGAAAACGUCGCUUCUAGUGUCCCUCUGAAGCAGGCACUGGAAUUCCAGACCCUUCACAGCGAAGCCUAUUUCGCGGUGAAUCGAGCGUUUCGAAAGGUGAAAAAGCUGAAAAUCGAGAUUCUCAACACCGACGCAACGAAUCAAGUGUAUUUCGUGCAAAAUUCUGGAACAAAGAAUUCGAAUGUCGCCGUGGAAAUGAUCCGUUUCGUACUAUCAAAAGCGCGAAAAGUGACACAACUGGAGUUAUAUUUUGAAGAUGUAAACCUAAAAGUUUUGAAUCGAAUGCUCGACGAGGUGGUCAAGUCGGAAAAUGUGCAACUCGAGACGCUACGUGUGAAGCGACGUCACGCGGGACAGUCCGUCACAAAAAUCGGUGACGUCAUACGUGCAAACGCGUCGACAUUGCGCGAGAUUACACGAGUCGGGAUUUCUGAAGCGUCACACGGGUUCACCGACAAAAUUCGUUUGGAUCGAUUCGGAUGCAUGUCGUUUGAUCUGGGAUUCCAGCCGACACCUCAUCAAGUCCCACUUCAUAUGAUAAGAAUCACCGAAUCCGGCGCGAAGUUUGAUAAUUUCUCGUACACAAGCUUUUCGGGAUUCGACCCAUCUGAUGAAAUCGUGCAAAACAUGUUGGAUGGAGCCGAGGUGAAAACGCUGAAGCUCACUAUGAUGAAUGCGCCGAUGAUCGCACCAAGGCCCGGUUAUAUGAUUGGAAAGAUCCGACGUGUCGAACGUGUGGAACUUGUGGAAAUCGUAGCCGAGCCACAACGAAUCAACAAACUAUUCGGCGUCCGUCACAUUUUCGAAAAAGUCUUUCCCAACUGUCAUGACCUGCUCUUCCUGCAACAAUGGGAUUAG